UCGCUGCUGAAUUGCUGCCUCAUCUUCUCUGAUCCACUUCCUCCCUCUGUUCCAGUCAGCUGGCAUUGUAUUUAUGUAAAGAAGUACAUGAAACGGAAGAUCAUUUGCUCAGGAAGUUAGGCUACAAGUUUCCCUCAACUGCACCCUGGGCUAAAGCAAAACUGCAGUAAGCUCACUUUCCACAAGGCCAUUCGCAGCACACACUGACAACAUGCUGGGGACCCUCUGCACUCUCAUCACUGCUCUAACAUGUGUGAGUGGUGUGACCGUGGUGACACAGAAACCUCCUGUUGUCACGGUGAGGAAAGGAGAGACAGCCACCAUGGACUGUAACCUGGGGACUGUUACAGGCAGUGCAGCUCGCUGGUAUAAACAGAUUCCAGGAGGAGUUCCUCAGUUUGUAUUAUAUUUUAUACACAGCUCUAGCUCUCCAAGCUAUGGCUCUGGUUUCUCCUCUCCAAAGUUUACAUCUAAUCAUCAGUCAACAUCAGAUUAUCGUCUGAUCAUCACCAAUGUGGAGGAGGGAGACUCUGCAGUCUAUUACUGUCAAACAUGGGACAGCUCUGUUAGUGAGAACGUAUUCGGACAAGGCACCAAGCUGAUUGUGACAAGCUCCAGUCUCCCUCGUCCUGUCCUGACUGUCUUCCCUCCGUCCAGUGCUGAGCUCCAGUCCAACAAAGCCUCUCUGGUCUGUCUGUCCAGUCAGUCUGGGCCUUUUGCAGAUGUGAGCUGGUUGGCUGCUGGGAGUCCAGUGAGCACUGGGAUCUCUACCAGCACCGCUGUUCAGCAACCAGACAAGACUUUCCAAAUCAGCAGCUAUCUGGCCGUCCAGACGUCAGACUGGAACAGGGGUCAGGUUUACACAUGUAGAGUGUCUUUGGGCUCCCAGACUUCAGAGGAAAACAUCCGCAAGUCAGACUGUCCCACUGAAGAACAGUAGAUGAGCAGAAUGACCGUUUAACAUCUGCUUCUUUACUCUUUGUGCUGUUUGCUCAUUACAAGCUUUACAUGUUAGAAAAGAUGUCUGCAUGCUUGUAAUACAUGUUGUGACAGUUAGGUGGAGGUGUUGUAUCAGCUUUGCAAAUUAUAAAAUGUAUUCAAUAAAAAACCACUGUGUAAAAAAGA